AUGGAAACGGCUACCAUUGCAAUGUUAACGGUAGAUGAGACUAAUAAUAAUAUUAAAAACCCAACAACUACACCAACAACGCGAACAACAACACCAACAACAACAACAACAAUAACACGAACAACAACACCAACAACAACAACAACACGAACAACAACAUUAACACCAACAAUACCAACACGAACAAUAACAAUAACAAUAACAACGCGAACAACAACAACAACAACAACAACAACAAAUAUAGUAAUGGAAGCAGAUGCCUUCCACCUAGAUAACGGCUACAUUUGCCAUUCUAUGAGCCGGACCGGGUCUCGAGGCAUCUUCUUUGGGGAUGAUCCGCUCCGGUUUUCGAUACCCGGAUUACUGCUCCAGCUUUCCCUUAUAUCUCUUUUCACCCGUGUUUCUUACUUCCUUCUCAAGCCUUUUGGACAACCUUCCAUUGUUUCCCAAAUUCUGGGUGGUGUAGUUCUUGGUCCUUCAGUACUUGGACACAACAGAAAGUUUUUAGCAGAAGUAUUCCCAGCUAAAAGUAGAAUUCUUUUAGAAAACUUAUCAGUCUUCAGUUUAAUGCUCUUUAUAUUUUUACUUGGAGUGAAAAUGGAUUUAGCUAUGGCAUUAAGGUCAGGCAAAAAGCCUAUAGCCAUAGGAAUAUUGGGUUUUUUGAUACCUUAUACACUUGCUAGUUUAGUCGCCUUUCUCUUGCAGAAGUUUGUAUCAUUAGACCACGAAAUCUUGAGAGUACUUCCUUUUAUAGUUGAGACUCAAUCUAUGUCAGCUUUCCCAGUUAUAGCUUGUUUUCUUGCUGAUCUUAAGAUACUAAACUCAGAGAUAGGGCGCUUGGCCUCUUCGUCUUCAGUAGUUUCAGAUGUAUUUCAAUGGUCUCUGAUGACACUUAGGUUCGCGGUAAGAAUAGCCAAAGCAAAAUCAUUUUCAUCAUUUGUAGGAUCUUUUAUGUCAGUUUCGCUUUUCAUUGUUUUAGCCUUGUAUGGUAUACGCCCUGCAGUUUUAUGGGCAAUCAGGAAAACUCCUGAAGGGGAACCUGUAAAAGAAAGGUAUAUUUUUGGAGUUCUUGUGGCUCUUCUAGGAUGUGGGUUUAUAGGUGAAGUUAUUGGCCUUAGCGCGGUUAUAGCUUCCUUCAUUGUUGGACUUGUUAUCCCUGAUGGACCUCCUUUAGGAGCUGCUUUAUCCGAAAAACUUGAUUCUUUCGUUUCUGUGCUAUUAAUGCCAAUCUUCUUUGGCAUCUGUGGCCUCCAAAUGGAUGUUUUUGCUAUCCAAAAGUUGAAGAAUGUAGGUGUUAUCCAGUUGGUUGUAUUUGCUGCCUUCAUUGGGAAGAUUAUGGGGACAAUCGCACCCCCGCUCUUUUACAGGAUGCCAUUUCGAGAUGCCCUUUCUCUCAGUCUGAUCAUGAAUGCCAAAGGCCUUAUUGAAUUGGCAUUAUUGAAUCACAAAAUGAAGGACAGUGGUAUGAGUGAUGAAUGCUUUGCAGUUAUGAUCAUAUCUGUGGUGUUCGUCACAGGAGUUCUAUCGCCUAUUGUGAAGAUCCUCUAUGAUCCUUCAAGAAGGUAUGUUGCUUUCAAGAGAAGAGCCAUAAGACACCACAAGCGCAAUGAGGAGCUCCGCAUAUUAUCCUGUGUCCAUAGUGCCGACAAUGUGAAUACAAUCAUGGAUGUGGUGCAUGUCUCUCAUCCUACCAAAGAGAGUCCAAUAAACUUAACUGUCAUACAUCUCACAAGGCUAACAGGCCGUUCCUCUUCCCUACUUGUUGCUCAUCAACCGCGAGAAACAUCAUCUCCUUAUCCUAGUCAAUCAGAGAGGAUAUUCAAUGCUUUUAAAAAGUUGGAACAACAAUAUCAAGGUCUUUACAUGGUGCAUUGCUUCAAAGGUAUCUCACCUUAUGCAUCAAUGCAUAAUGAUGUAUGCUCCAUCGCCUUAGAGAAGAGGACAUCAUUUAUCAUAAUCCCUUUUCAAAAACAGAUUAGUGACAAAGAGAUGGUAGAACCCUCAUUUGUUUAUAGGAACCUUAACAAGAAAGUACUUGACAAGGCCCCUUGCUCUGUUGGAGUCCUUGUUGACCAUGGCGGAUCACAAAAGAAUAAGAUCAAACUCCGGUCUUUAACAUUGUCAGAGCCCUCAAUAUACCGGGUGGCAGUGUUCUUUUUCGGUGGUCAUGAUGAUCGCGAGGCACUAGCAUAUGGAAUGAGAAUGUCAGAGAACCCAAGAGUAAACCUUACCUUAAAAAGAUUUUUAGGCUCUUCUUCUGAAGACAUUACAGGUGACAACGAGAGAAGCACAUUGCUAGAUGGUGACAUUAUCAGUGAAUUUAUGCUCAACACCUUACACAAGGAGGAUAGAGUCUUUUAUGAAGAGAUGGUAUUGACACACACAAAAUGCUUGGUUACUCUGAUUAAAUCCAUGGAAAGUUCUAAUUAUGACCUCAUUUUAGUAGGAAGAAGUCAUAGGAAUUCACAGUUUAUGAUUGAACUUGUGCAAGGGAUUAAUUGCCCUGGGGAGUUGGGGCCAGUAGGCGAAAUGCUCGCUUUGAAUAGCAAAAUCGGAGCAUCGAUUUUGGUGGUGCAACAACAAACAAGAGUUUGGGGUCUGCAUGAUCCUGAGGAGUCCACACAUCUAAGAAGAGUUGAUUUGUAGUCCCUCCCUGCACCCUUUGUUCUCUUAGUAAGCAGUUAAGCAGCAAGUUUUG